ACAAGGCCCUUCGAUGCAGUGAUGGCGAACGGCGAAUUUCGACUCGGGAACUCAGCAUCUCGCUCGACGAUCCCAAACCACUCCUGAAAGCGUCUCAAAAAGACGCGGAUUACAAACCUCAAGGCAUCCUAACUGUGUAAGGAGCAUGCUGGAACCGUGUAUCCCAGAUAAGUUCCAUGGAAGUGGCGUUUGAAUGGGCUACUGAGUUUCAGCGCUACUUCUUGCCUUCUAAGAGCUGAGGGCGCUGCGGCGUAUAAGCGUAGUGUUUUGUUGGGGAGAAGAGAGAGAGAGAAAAAAAUCGUCUGCAAAUAUGCUUCACGAACAUUUUGGAUAAACGUUCUACCCCGAUUCCGAAUCAUUGCGAGUUCAAAUCGAAGGUGCCCGAGCCCACAGAGGAAAAGGAACUCUAGAUGAGAUGUUUUUGAAGAAAACAUGCCAGCUACUGGCGAUCUUUGUAUGUCUAUGGGCUAUCAACAAAGGCUUCGAUCAGGAAGAUCCCGAACACGUCUCUGCAGUCCUGGGGGAAGAUGUAACUCUGAAAUGUGAAUUGAAAUAUCCCGAGGAGAAACCGGUACCUUACGUUAUCCAAUGGCAGAAGCAGGGGAUUAAAAUCCCCAUCUAUAUUUGGUACGAUGGUUACCCACCCCAUGCGGGAGACGGUUAUGAGGGGCGGGUCUCGCUGGCCAAUGAGGCCUCACUCAACCUCACCAACGUGCGCGAGAGUGAUCAGGGAUGGUACGAAUGUAAAGUGUACUUCCUCAACAGACCUCCGGAUUCACCAAAAAAUGGUACUUGGAUGCACCUGUCUGUACACGCUCCGCCCCAUUUUAAAACGAAACCCCUAGAUGUUGUGUACGUAAAGGUUGGAGAAUCCGUGUCUUUGCCCUGCGAGGCAGGUGGUACCCCUCCUCCUGCACUCAUAUGGUACAAGGAUAAUUUGCCUUUGGAAGAGAGUCGAACAGUUCAAAUUCUUCCCACUGAGUUAAGGAUCAGCAAUCUGCGGCAGACAGAUAUUGGAGAUUAUACAUGUAUGGCAAGAAACAGGGAAGGAACUGUAACUACGACGACCAAAGUCAUCGUUGCUGGUCCUGCUACUAUAGUUCUUCCUCCUCGUAAUGUUACUAAAUUAGAAGGGGAUCGAGCAGAGUUUAUCUGCGAAGCCAAAGCCCUUCCAACGAAUGUCACUCACCGUUGGUUUCACAACGGGGUGGAAAUCAGUCAGCUCUCGUGGCUGGAAACCAGGACCACGGCGAGGGGAGACGGGACCCUCUUCAUCGCCCCCACAUCAGCCGAGGACUCUGGGAAACUGACCUGCGAAGUGACCAACGGCAUCGGGACACCAGACACCGCCUCUGCCUACUUGAGCGUAGAAUAUCCUGCUCGUGUAACCUAUUCGCCAACCAUCCAGUAUCUUCCACUUGGACUGUCCGGAGUCGUCCGAUGCUAUGUGCAGGCCAGUCCACCAUUCCAGUUCAUCACAUGGACAAAAGACAGACGACCUUUUGACCCAAAUGCCACCCCAGGGGUGGUAACUCUAAAUAAUGGCUCGCUUCUAUUUCAACGGGUUACUCACAAGCAUCAGGGAAGAUAUCGAUGCACGCCUUAUAAUAUUCAUGGCACUGCUGGAACAUCUAAUGUUAUGGAAGUGUUAGUGAGAGAGCCUCCAAUGUACACUAUGAAACCCAAAGAAAUGUAUCAAAAGCCUGUUGACAGUGAAAUUAAGUUACCAUGUGAAGGAAUUGGCCAGCCUAAGCCAGCAAUAACAUGGCGAAGAGUGAGUCCUAACCCAAAUUCAAUAGCUGAUGGAUCAAAACUACCAAGAGAGAGAGCUAUGAUAAGAGGGGGCAAUUUAACUAUACGAGGCUUAAAGAAAGAAGAUCAUGGUCGAUAUGAAUGUGUACUUGAAAAUGAAAUUGCCACCUUAGUCACAAGUACUCUUCUCCUUGUUGAAAGAACUACUCCACAUGCUCCAACGAAUGUUACUGUAAAUACUAGUACAGUUGCUGCUACAUUAACUUGGUUACCUGCAUAUGAUGGAGGACAUGAACAGACUUAUGUCAUUUGGUACAGGCUUGCUGAUCAAGGUGAUAGUGAUUGGCGAACUAUACGAGUGUAUCCUGAUGGAGCAACUACUUUUACAGUGUAUAAUUUACAAGCUGAUACUGAAUAUGACUUUCAAGUGCUUUCUAGGAAUAAGUUGGGUGAUGGAAUGUUUAGUCCAAUUAUAAGGGCGAAAACGAAAUCUGCUGACUAUGUUGGUGGCAGUAUUUCUUCUACGGAAACUGUUGGUGUUACAUUUACUUCGAUAGGAGAAAAAUCUUCUGGCAACUCCGGCCCUGUAACUACAGAAGCUCCAACUCCAGCUGGACCUACACCAGGUAUGGUAAGAAAUGUGACAGUAACCAAAACAACCCUUGGUGUUCGUAUUACAUGGAACCCUCCUGCAGAUGGUGUACCUGUAUCCCACUAUAUAAUUGAAUACAAGCACGAUAUACAGUGGCAGCGAUGGGGGCCUAUCAAAGAUGUAACAUUUUAUGAAGCUAAACUUCAGCAAGGUGGAAAAUAUUCGUUUAGAAUUUUAGCUUACUCUGAUGCUGGUGUGGCAUCUGCUCCAAGUCCAGAAGUUAAGUUAGAAAUUCAUGGUGAUCUUCAGGAUCGUAAUAGAAGCAAAGCUAUCACUGCUGGUGUUGUUGGUGGGAUACUAUUUUUCAUAGCUGCCAUUGUUUUAUCUGUUUGUGCUGUCAAAAUAUGCAAUAAGAGGAAAAGGAGAAAAGCUGAGAAAGCAUACAUGAUGGUGACAUGUCCAAUAGCCGAUGCAAGGAAUGGAGGCCAUUCUCAUGGUGGUAGUCCUGUUCCACUUAAAAAGAGAAAAAAAGCAAUUGAGGAAGCUUGCACUAUAGAUACAAGGAAAGCAGAAUAUCAAGUAUAACGUUACUGAACUUUAGAAGAAUUCUCCACAGACUUUCACCUUUUUAGGCUUAGCCUGGAACCAAAAAUUUUCCCGAGCGGAGUUUCGUACUAAUCGGGAAGAUUGAUUGACUCAGUCAAAAAUAAGGAAGUUUGUUGCAGUGGAACUGGAGAAAAAUGGCAUUUACCUAACAUUCAGCUUCUUCAUAGAGAGAUUGUGACAUUUGAAACUGGCCAAUGAAAACUUUCAGCCACAUGAUAAUGGCUCAAUCAUUGUCACAAUGGAAAGCUGAUGAGAUGUUAUGCCCACCUCCCACAAGCAUUUUUAUUCCGUCCAGUCUCUCCAGAUAUAGGAACAAACCUAUAAAGAGAAGAAUAGGACAGACCACAACAUCCUCUCCCCACCUCAUUUGUUCAUUCACUUUACUUAGCCAUCAUGGAAUAUAAUUUCUGUGCACUUGAUAAACAUAACUCCUCUACUAAAAAUAGAGGUAGCUAGUCAAUGGAAAAAAUUAUGCAAGGACACAGAUGUAAAAAGUUCUCUGCUACCGUUUUUGAUGUGAAUAUUUUUUUUAAGAAACAAAAAGAUGCAUAAUUAUCUCCAGAUUGUGUAUUUUACACAACAGAUCAAAAAACACUCACUGUUACUGUGCUCAAAAUUUUCAACAUGUAGAAAUCUAAUCAAAACCAUGUAAUUUACUAACCUGGAUUCCUUGUUUUUAUGUUACAGACAGAGAGUACAAAUAUCAAAUCAUUUUUUACAUUAAUUAGUUCAUCAUACCUGUAAUUUCCUCAUCUGAUUCUAUAAAAGAUAGCAUUCUGUUGUUUAUGACUAAGUGCUUUUUCAUAAGACUGCUGUUUUUGUAACACAAUAAUAUCUACAGCAAGUUUCAAUUACAUUUACCUUUCCUAUAAUGUAAAUGAGAUGUGUUGCUUUAUUUACCAUUCCAAAAGGGGAAAAAAUUUACAUUUUCUUUGCUUUCCAUUCAUUAGGCGUGUAUGUGAUUGAGUUAUUCUUCACUUUUUAUUGUGGGAAAUGAAACACAGUACUUGAAUUUUUUAAGCAGUAUCAGUCUUAUAUUUAAUAAAAUAAUAUUUUACUUAAUUAAAGCAAAUUUUAAUCUGUAGUGGUUCAUUCAUUUUUCAUUUAUAUCAGACAUUAUUUGAUCGGCAAAGGCACGACAAGGAAGAUGUGUCCAUAUUCCACUCUUACCUAUGAGUGUCAGUUGUCAGAACUCAGGGAAAGGAAUUAAUGCACAUGGAGCAAAGGAAAUAUUAAAGGAAAUUUCAUGCUCCAGUUUUGUGUUAGGAAUUAGCCCAGGACCAAAACAAUAUUUAACUUUGCAUUUCAGAAGAUGAUAGGUAUGAUUUUAAAGCAUAUGUGAAUAUCCCAUGUGCAAAUUCUUUCCAUUCUGCAGCAUUCUGAAGAAAUUAUAUUGCAGCAUCUUAGCUUCCAGACCAUUAAGAAUCUGUGAAAAUAAAUCUCAGAACCAGAUGGUCUUCAGAUCUGAGUAAGUGUGAAGAAAUUUCCUUUACAAAAUGGCCUGUAGCUGUGAUAAUAUUGUGAAAUGAGUGUUAAUAUCCUGUCAACAGAUGCAAACAGUUCUGAGUAACACAGAGUGGUAUUUAUGGAAAGCUUGAGAUGACUUUACUUUGCACACUGCUCUAUGUUGCACUUAGUCCAAAACAUAUUAUGUGUCUCCUUUAUCAGAGGGGAUGUAUUAUCUUUUUAGGUACUAUAUUUUUUCUGUCACCACAAAAAAAAAUGGACUGUAUGCACACCUUUCAAGUGUGAUUUACUGCUUCUGUCUUGGUGCUCGCAGACAACUAAACUUUGCUUUAUCUCCAUAUCAUUCCGAACAUCUGGAUCUUAUGAGACAUCAUUUAUCAGAAGCCUCAUUAUGUAUGAACUUGUAUAGCAAAACACACUGGUAUCUGCUGCAAGUGAGGGAAAUAUGCAUAGAACAUCAUCUAUGGAAAGAAAUAUGCAUAAAACAGCUUCUGUGUUGCUAUGCAUUGUUUUAUACCUUUCUUUCUGAAAACAGAAAGAAUGCAGCAGAAACCUGGAGUUUUUUCUCAUGUGUAUUACAUAUUGUUGUUUGAAGUAGACAAUUGUUGAAGCUUCAGGACCAGACUGAAAUUUUUCUCAGUGUCUCACUGCCUUACACGUGCCAAAAGCACCUUGUGCUUACAUUUCUCUGCGAAAUUUCGGUGCUGGUGUUUGCAUUAAAAAACCCGUCACGUCACAGAACAGUCGGAUGCAGACGUUUCGGGGUCUUGCGAGAACUGUCAGCUUUGUCGAGACAGAGCAAUAACGGAUGCAUUGCUCAAUGAAAAACAAAACAAAACAGAAACCACAUUAAAAAAAAGCAAAAAAAAAUAUGUUGUUGAAUGCAACCAAAGUUAGCUUGUUUGUAUAUUGUUGGAAAGGAAACUCUGGUUAGAUUGUUCAUUAAUCCAAUGUAAAGCUAGAUCAAUACUGUUUGAAGUGUUUUAGGUAAUAAAUUCAGCGCUUGUACAGAAAUUUUUAAAAAGAAAAGGAAAUAUUUGUUUUCUCUUUAUCACACAGAAAAAUGAAACUUGAUGUGGUAACACAGAAAUUUCAUUCCUUUUUAUGAUAAAAGUUUAUGUGUUAACUAUAAUCAUUUUUAUAUUCUAGUAUUAUUAAUUUAGCAGAGUGUGAGUAUUGACUGAAACUGUUCUAUCAUUGUUUUAUAAAACUAAAUUAAAUUUUAGUCUAAUAUUUUUAGUUCCAUUUAGUAAAUAUGAAAAAAAGUAUUAUCAUCAUAUAAAUCUUAAAAUUACUUUGUUUAUAAAAUACUUUUUAUACUGUCAGUUCUUUUCCAUAUGCCAAAUGAAAAUCUAGCAGUAAAUGUACACCGAGAUAAAAAAAAAAAUAAUUAAUUGCCUUUCAUAUACAACUUAUAUUAUAUCAUGUCAUUAAUGAAGCCAUAUAUGAUGAAAGCUGUCUUUGUACUUUUAUUGCAAAAAAUUAUAAAUUGUGAUAAUGAACAAUUUAGUAGCAAUACUUUUUUAUGCAAUUCAAAUGAGUUUCAGUCAUAAAAUUCACACUCUUUACAAUAGAUAUUUUAGCAUAGUGAUAUUUGCAUUUCAGCUUUAUUUUGAUGCUAUAAUCUGUAUUAAAAUAAUGUAUUAUGUAGUCUGUUACUCUGUGUUAUCUACCAAAUAUAUUUACAAAUAAUAUAGUGCAAAAAAAGCAGCAUAUUUUUAAAAGAGGGGAAAAAAGGGGGAAUUCUACACAAAACAUUAUUACUGUUUUACAAUAAAGAAACCUUCAAGUUUACUUAAGGUAAAAAAAGAAACAUUUUCUAUAUCAUUACUCUUCUGAAUGCUCAAUUAGCUCAUAGCUAAAAUAGUUAUUGUAGUUUGUACAUGUGUUUUUAAAAAUUUUGAUUUAUAUUGCUUAUGUGCAUACCAAAACUGUUUAUAUUGUGAAAAAUAGAUCUUUUUUGCAUCAAAGCUCAAAUAGGUUUAAAACAGGAAACAUUCAGAAAUUAUACUGUAUUAGUAUAUAAAAGUGAAUAAUUUACUUACAUAUAAAUAAAAUUUUAUAUUUAUUACCAAAUUUAAUUUAAAAAGACUGAUAUCCACUAAAUACUUAACAUGUGAUUACAUAAUAUGGGAGAAAUGUUUUGAGAUAACCAUAACUAUAAAGCGCAAGGAUUCCCUCCCCCCCCCCAUGGACUGUUAAUAGCAUUUUUAUUUAUGCAAAAAAUACAUAUAUAUAUUUUGCUUAAAUCAGUUUUCAAUAAAAUUCACAUCCUUUAUUUUAGCUUACAGGAUAUGAUUUUGUAUAGAUAUCCUUACUGAUAAGUUUAAUAUCUAUGUUCAUUGAAAAGAAAUGUUAUAAACGAAAAAAAAAAAACAGUUUCAUUGCGUUACUGCAAAAGUGGCAGCAUGAUAAAGUCAUUUUUCUCCAUUAUUAUUAUUUAGAAAAAUAAAAUCAAACUUAAGUAUAUUUUUACUGUUAUUAAUAUUGAAAACCAGGGAAAAAAUAUUUAAGUAUAAAGUCCUUUUAAUACUUCUUUAAUAAUGAAUAGAUAUGCAACUAAAUUAUUUUUCAUAUUUAUUUCUUUGUACUAACACACUGAAAAUUGUCAAAUGGCUCGCAUAUUGUGUAUCUAUUUUUGAUUGUGUGGAUACCAGGCUUUAUUACAUUUCUAGUGAAGCAACAAAAUACUUCAAGUAUGUAGAUUUUAAAAGAGAAUUUUAAAUAGAGACUUUAUAAACUCUCUUCACGUAUGUGAAUUGUUAUUCACUUCUCGUAACAGUUCUAGAGCAAAACUGCCCCAUACUCAUCUUGACUCUGCUAAAUAUAUUACAGCAGUAUGAUAUAAAAUUCACAAAAUUAAUCAUUGUGAGAAGAAUUUAAAGCAAAAUUACUUCUAUUAUAAAACUUGAAAACAUAAUCGAAUACUGCAAAUUGAAUAUUAAGUAAAUAUCUGUAGUUACUUAACCAUACAUAUUCAUCUUAGUUAUUAUUGUUGUAAGGUUUUAUUUGACUGUAAAGUUACUUGAAAUUAAAAUCUAAGAAUGGUAAUAUAUAUAUAUUAAUAGAUGAAUAGAAAACUUGGAUAAUAAAAGAAGAAUCUAAUACUACAGUUUCCUGGACUCAGUCUUUAACUAAUUAAUCUAAUUUCUAUCAUGUAAAAUAAUGAAGCUCUUCUUACUCUUCUACUUAACUUUCAGCUUAUUUUCGUGAAAGUUGUCAUAAACUUUUAUAUUUUAAAAAUUGUUCACUGUAUUAAUAUUUAUACCAAUAUGAUUAUUAUUUUAAUUAAAAAUAAUACUAUAUUCCAGUAUAUUUUAAAAUUAUAAAUUUUAAUUUGCUGCAAUUUGUAUACUGCUUUUUAUUACCACUAUAAAUUGUUGUACAAUAAGUUUUACAUCACUUCAGAUUGUUAUCCUAUGUUGUUAAUUAUUGCACUUUCUGUUAUUUAUUCAACUUUUCAUUGCUUAAAUCUCUCCUUCUCCCUUUUCCAUGAUUGAAAUAAAAUUAAUAAUGACAAAUAUAAAAGUUUACAGCAAUUAGGACAACAAAAUGCUAUUUCAAACAAAAAACUUACGUUUAAAAAAAAUUAAGCUAAUUCUUGCACAUUUGUUACUUAUUACCUUUCUUUACAUAUAGUACUUCUGAGAACACCGUGAUAGAGGGGAAAAUUUACGAAAAAAUUGUAGUUUCAAAUUAUAUCUUCCAUACAUUUUCAAUAUUGCAUCAUAUCAGCACCCAAUCAUAAAUCUAAAUUAUUUUUGCUUUUCAACCAAAUCUGCUAGGUGAUGUUGAUAUAAAAUAUGAGAAAGAAUUCAUAAUAUUAUUAUUAUAUUGCAAAAAUUACCAGUAAAAAUAUAUCAACAAUAUUUGUAAUUUCAUAAUAUCUUGCAUUGCUGGAAAGAAACCAUGGCAAACCUAAAAAUUACUCUGAGAAAGAAUAUAUGUAUGUCUGUCUGUUUGUAUGCAUAUAUUUAUAAUUAUAUUAUAAUAUUUAAUUAUUAAUAGUCUAGCAUGCAGUGCAGAAAUUGUAAAAGUAUGUAGAUAUAUCAGCUUAUUGUGUUGUCCCUCCACUCAUAUGUAAUAAUUUUAACACUUGUUAAAUUAGCUAAUUUUCUAUUACUAUAGGCCUUUUACUGGCAGUAGCUAUCAUUAUAUUUAAAUUUUUUAUUAGCAUUAUUAGAUUUAUAUAAUUUAUUAUUUAAUUUAUAUACUAAGUUCUUUAACAUUAAUUGCCUUGAGAACAUUAUUAUUAGAAUACUUUAAUUCUUUUGUACUAGUUUCAUUGUUUCUUUCCUUCUAUAUGCACAUACACACACAAGUAUCUGCAUUUGUAUGAAUAUUUGAAAACAUUUUCUAUGCACAGAGUUCAGAGCAGCAUUUAAAGGUAAAACAGAUGCAUAAUCUUUAAAAAUAAAGUUAUGUUUAUUACUUUUUGUUCCUGUUGUUAAAUUCAGUUUCAAAAUAGUUGAGAGAAACUAAAUGUUUAAAUUUGAUAGUAACUAAGUAAUAUUGAAUCUCUGAUUCAAGAGUAUUGUCUAAGUAUUUUUCAAUGCUAAAUUUAUUUGCAUGUAUGAUAUUAAUGGAUGCAAAUAUAUGCUUCCACUACCCAUUACAAACCAAGACUCCCCCACACACCAAAUAUUUUAUACAUAAUUUAACUUGGAAUACAAAUGUGUGUGUAUAUAUAUAUAUAUAUAUAUAUAUAUAAUCAUAUAUAAUAGCUAUAAAUGAUUGUGCUAUUUUAUUUCAAGUAAGACCUUUCUAAGUCCUUAAGGCAUCAAGAAAUAGCUGUCUUCCAGAACUUUCUCACAUUGUUAAUAUAUCUACUGAUGUAGCAAGCACAGUGGUAGUUUUAUGAUUUAUUAAAUUGGUUGUAAAAAGUAAUUUUGUUCCAGUGCGAAUGAAACAUGUUGCUUUAAAAAGUAGGAUAUAGUGCUGCCAAAUUAACUUCAAAUUAAUACUUUCUGUAUAUGAUUGAAUCGUGUACUUUAAAAGUUUUCAUUAGAAUACACUACAAAAACAUUUUUUCCCUUUAUUUUGCAUAUUAGUGAUACAUAUAUAUGGAUAUAUUUAUAGUACAUGAACCAACUGAAAGUUAAAAAAUCAUAAAAAUCUUGAACUCAUGCAAGAACAAACACUGAAAUAUCCAUACAUUAAUUUGUGAAAGUGACUCAGAAGUUUUUAACCCCCUGAGUGACAUGACCACCUCUGUCCAGUUAUGAGAUAUUUUGUCUCUUGAUAUAUACUAGUUUAUAAAUCAAAAUAUUUUUAUUUCUUACCUUCUUUAAUUAUGUAAAUAUCAUCUGAAUGAAUGGAAGUUUAAGAAAACAGACAGUAAAAUCAGUAAUUAUCUAAAUUUAGCAAUUAAAUGUGGUUUCAAUACAGGUCUUCAAGAACAAAUCCAAAAACCCAUGCCACUCAAAAGGUUAAAUUGGCAAAAAAUAAACUGAUUCUGUUUAAGUAACUUGCAAUUAAUAUAUUCAUGCAAUUAAAAUUUAUUAUAAAUAAGUUUCAAUUAAUAUAUUCAUAUAAUUAAAAAUUAUUAUAAAUUAAUUGUAGAAGUUAUUAUUUUUCUGAUACAUUUUAUAUGUCGUGUUUUUUAAGAUUUUACAUAGCUAUAUAACAAAAGCAUUUAAAAUUUGAUGAAUUAAAAUAUAAUUCUGUAUAAAGUUAUGUGAGACUUAAAAAAAAAUUUCUUUUUUAACUUGACAUAAUAACUUAAUAGCCAAAGAAGGAUCUAGCAUCCUCAUAAUGUUUUCCAAACUAUCAAUAAGUAUGGCUGUUCCCCACUUCAUUUGAAAAAUUUAGUAGUCAGUUUUUCUCAGGAUAUAUCUUUUUUUAUCUAAAAGUAGUGCCACUACAUAUUUUGUAAUUUAAAUUUUAGAGACUGUUUUAAGGAACAUUAUAUAGAUAAAAUUUAAGAAUAACAAAAACUUCCAAAAAAUACAGAUAGAUAACUCUUAAAAUAAAUGCAUAAAAUUAUAUUAUAUUAUUUAUGUAUAUAAAUAAGCCUAAAGUUCUUGUAUUUUUAUACAGUAUCAACUAAAUAGAAAAAAGUAUGGGUUACAAAUGAACAAUUAAAGUUAAUCAAGUUGUUUUAGACUUUACAGAAUUAGAAUUUUUUAAAAUAUAGUCCUGUAUAUUAAUUUAACUAUUAGGAAUUGUAUUUCUAAAGUAAUGUCAGUAUUAAGUUUAAAAAAAUAUUUUAUUUAAAUACAUUUUUUCUGAACACUGCAUUUGCAAAUUAAUUAACAUUUGUGCCCAAUAAUUAACUAUCAUAAUCCCAUAUAUUUAACAUAAUAUUUUUCUCUUUUACUCGGCAUAACAAAGUAGUUUAAUUUUCAUUGAAUUCUUUUGAUCUGGUUAUUAAAAUUCAUAGCUGUGUUUAAGUAAUUAUUAAAAAUUACACAUUUUAAUAUUAGACAAAUUCAAUCUUAGAUUGACAUUAAUAUUAAAAUAAUAAUAACCUAUAUGUUUCAAGAGAAUUCAACACUGGUUCUUUUCUUAAAAAAAAGCACAAAUGAGAUAUCCAUGCCAAAUGCUUUUGAAGUGCACUAACACUAAUCUAAAUUAGCACUAGUUUAACCUUGAAUGUUGUCAGAUUUUAAAAUUGUUGAACCAAGAAGGAAAUCUGUUGUACUUUUACCAAUCCAAAUUAUACAAUUAUAAUAAUGUUUUAAUUAAAAUAAAAUUACAGUUAAAUGAAAUAGAAGAUAAUUUUGAAGAAUUGAAAAGGAAAUCUCACAAAGUUUCUAUUCACUGUAAAACUAAAAGGAAAUAUUCUAUGCAUUCCUUCAGACUUCUUUUGAUGAAAUUGUUUCAUUCCCUGUUGUGAUAAAAGAGAAAACAUUAAGUCCAUAAGUUUUUCCAGUUAUAUGUAGGAAAUAAAACUUUUAUAGUUCAUGUUACUGUACUUUUGGCUUUUCAUUUGUGUGCUCUGUACGCAGUUAGAUUGCCUUUGUUAAUUUGUUUCAACUUCUCUCCCCUUUUCACGACGCACAUUGUGUUACUUUGCCAAGUGUUUUGAUCAAAAAACAUUUAGCUUGUCAGUAGCCAAUAUAAUAUACAUAUAUACAUAAUACGAAAUGUUAUUUCUUACUUUUUAUUGUUUGAAAUGUUGCUAUCUAUGCUAACUAUUUUCUUAAAAUAUUUCACUUCCGUGAAACAAGUUGAUCAGUUGUUGUGUUUUCUUUUUCCGUUUUCUGUUCUAUUGCUGUUAUACUUGUAAACAUUGAUGAGAAUAAAUAUACUAUGUUGAAUUUUAAUAUAUUUCUAUAAACAUAUGUAUGUAAUAUUGAGUAGGCCUGUGAUCAAAAUUUAUUAGAUAUGCACAAACACUAUUUUAAAAUCAUAAAAGGAUUGCUAGUUCAGUAACAUAUAAUUAUUCAAAUAUGUAAAUUGGUGAUAUACUCAUUAUACAAAAAUUUCUAUUUAACUGUUUCAUAUCAAUUUAAGUAAUUCAUCAUUCUGACAGUAACUAUGCAAUUUCAAGAGCAGGUUAAAUAUGUAAUUCUUUAUUUGCGCUGAAUGCUUUUUCUUAUUAAUCCAAUUAAUUGUUUUAAGUUUGCAUACUGCAACGAAAAAGAAACCUGCCUUUCAAAAUGUCAAAUAUAAAUGAAUAUUAAAUAUUUCAGAUAUUUUGUUAUCUCUAAAGAUAUUGAUCUGAAAAUGUUUUCCUUAAAAAUUCUUUUGUAACUAAAUUUAGAGAAGCAUCAAAUUUGUAUACAGAGAAUCAACCAAUAACAUUUCAUAAGAAAACAAAACCGAUUCCCUUAACAUUUGAUUCGAAUGAAAAAAUUCUUCCAACAAGAAUAAUUCUCUAAAUCAGUGAUUCUCAGUUGGAAAUUAUAUGGCCCCCUACAUACUUGAUACCUUAGACCCACAUAAACUAUAGUCAGUGCUGAUUACAAUGAGACUUAUGUUCUACAGAAAAGAAAUAUUAUAAUAAAUGAUUAUUAUAACGAAAAUGAUAUUAAUAUAUUCAGUUGGGAAUGCUGUGUACUGGUCUUUGUAAUAGAAUUAUCAUUAUAAAGAGUUAUUACUGUAGUAAGUAUAUUGAGGAACUACAGACACAUUUAAAAGUGCCACAUCAAUUUACUUUGUCAUAAUCAACAAAGUAAUUAAAUUAUAUAUUGUUUAUUUGAAGAAUAAUGUCAUUCAGCACUAUUUAUGUUAUACUGGCAUGUUAUUCAGAAAUGAGUAAAUGUUUAACACAUACUAUUCUGGCAUAACACAGAGUUGUAUAUUAGUUUCACAUCAUAACAGCUGGAUUUGGCUUUAGCUGUGUAUUUAUUUCUCUUACUAUCAAAAAUUAAUAUCAGUUUGAUAUUGUGCAAAGAGGUGAUCUUCAUGUAUUAUUGACGGAAAAAAUUUGCAAAAGUAUUCGCCACAGUGGUCACAUAAAUCAGUUUUAACUUUUUUAAUAUAAGUAUUAUUAUUUUUAUCUUUUUAAAUAUGUGUAUAUAAUAUGUAUUAUGAAAGGAUAUCAUGUAUAUAGUGUGAAAUAUGAAAGGAUUUGUCUGUUCUUUACAUGUAGUGUUGCUAUUCAUGUUUUAUACAGUCUUAUUUUGUGGGAGGGGGAAAAAAAAAAAAGUAUAUUGGCAUUUCAUUGGUUUUUAAUUCUAAAAUGAAACAAAUAUUUUUAUUUUCUAAUUGGAAUUUAUAUGCACUGUCAGUAACAAAUUUUAUAUUGUUACAAGGGGCCAUUUAUAGACAAAAAAUUGGGAACCACUGAUCUAAGUAAUUCAUAUAAUUAACUUUUUUUAAAUCUAAUUAAGGAAAUAGAGGAUAGUUUCAAUAUUUUAGGAUAAAUUACAUUCAUAUAAUGUGAUAAUUAUUCCAACUAUUUUACUAAAUAUUAUACUUUUAUGUUUAAUCAUAUGCUAAGAGCAACAGCUAAUAAAUGUAUAUCAAAAUUAUAUCAGAAAACUUCAUCAUGAAAUUUUUAUACGAGCUUUUUUUUUUUUUUUUUUUUUUUUUUUUUUUGUAAAAUUAUAAUUUGGCCACACCAUUUAGUCACAUUACUUAUAAUGUUUUGAGCUCAUAUUUUGCAGUAGUAAAUAUUUACUGAGCAAUUCUCUUUUAUGUAUAUAUUUUUGGCUAAAAAAUGACAUAUAAGCAAACAGAAGAAUUGUAUUCCCAUAUUAUUCUAACAGAGUGAAACACUGACUACUAAUACACAACACAAAAUUUCUCCUUCAUACUACAUUUACAAAUGAUUCUGCAAGCUUCAUAAACAAUAUCAAUUACUAAUUAUUGAUGCAAUUAAUAAAAAAAUAGUAACAAACUUUAAAUGGUAGUUUCUUUAUUUUCUGUUUGUUGCUAGGAUUCUACCCCCACCCUCCUUGAAGACUGUAUCAAUUAAAAUAAAUAAUAAACCAUUCUCAAUCCUGCUUAGUAAAUCAUUCUUUUCUAUGUUCUUUAUUAUACCUAAGUGAAACAGUAUAAAUUUUAAGAAAUUUGGGAAUUAGUGGAAUUCAAGUUUUUAACCAUCAAAGAUAUAGAUAGAAGGAAAAUAUUUUUAGCAGAGUGCCUGUAUGUUUCUUAAAUAUCCAAAGAAUGGAAAAGUCAUGAAGAUUAAAGUUUUGAUUUUGAACUCUGAUUAAUUAAAUAAAAACCAUACGGAUAUAAACACCAAAAAUUCUAGUGCAAAAGUUUUUCAUUAUUGAUUUUCAGACCUAAAAGGUAAUUAAAUUAAAUUACAAAAUUCUACUGCAUUUUUAUUUUCAUAUUUGAUGAAAUAUAGAAUAUUCUUAAAAUCUAAAAUUGUAUUCCCUUUGAUUUCAUGUUACGUUUUUUUCCAACAAAAACUGCUUUUUUUAUCUAUUUUCCCCAUGGCUUUAUUUUUUUUCCUAAUAAAUAAUAAUUUAUUCCUUUUCAUAUGCAAUCUGAUCUUGGAGGAGGGGAAUGAAUAUUAGCCCAAAAUUAUUUUAUUGUGCAAUCACAAGUUCAGCACUCAAAUUAGUUUCAUAAAAAAAAUGAAAAAUGCCAUUUCUGAAAUAAGGUCUAAGAUAUCCAUUCAAAGAUAUUUUUAUUUUUAAUUAAAAUUUUACUUACAUUUACUAAGAAAAUGUUAAAUUAAGGUGGAUCAAUAAAAAUAUUUUUCAUUGUUUGGUAAAAUUCAUACUUACAUGUAUCUAAUAUUAAAAUUUUGCAAAUUAUGCUUUAUAAGUACUACAUUCAUUUUAGUCAAUAAAUUCUUAUUACAGAAUAAAAGUGAAUAUCAUCAAUAUAUUUACUGCUAAAAAUAAUUCUUGCUCAUAAAUAACUCUGUUAAACUAAAAAUAAAGUGCUUGUAAUUUUCUUCUUAUAGAUUCAACAUGUUAAGCAAUUCAAAACCUUUUUGGAGUUAGUCACAUCCUGUUUUCAGCUUCCCCGCUCCUUUUAAUGUAGUAGUGGCUAUUGAAAAUAACAAAACC